GAUACGUAUAGAUUAUAAGCACAGUUCGGUUGGCAUCAAUUCCGAAACUUGAACCCACGUCUCUUUCUUCUUCUUCUUCUUCUUCUUCUUCUUCUGUAUCUCCAAUGGCUUCCACGCUUCCCCUAACCCAAUGAGUCAAUGACCUUCUCUGGUUUGCCCUGUUCCAGGGCUUCUCUUCACCGCCGGAGACACUCCAAUUCUCGCCGCCGCCCCAACAGAGCAGCUCCCUCCACUCCACUCCUGCGUUGGAAGUUCCACGACUCCACCGCCGCCGAACCUUCCGGAGGCGUUCGGCUCUCCUCCAGAAAGCUCGCCGCCGGCCUCUGGCGGCUCCGCUUCAACGAGGUUUCUGUUGCCGAUGGACCUUGCGAUCGCCUUCGUCCGAAGAUUGAACUUUCUUUGCCAUAUCCCGGUUGUGUGGUGGAGAAAAAAACAAAGGACGAUCGCGGGUGCUCAAAAGCAUCUGAUGAUGCCUAUUACGUCUUCAGCCGCAAGAAGAUGCUUGCGGAAAAACAAGGUUCUAGCAUGUCUAUUGUUUCGGCGCUGCAAGCAGAACUAUUGGUAGCGAGAUGUCGCAUUCGUGAGCUUGAAGCUACGAAGAAAUCAUUGAGGAAGCAAGUCAAACACCUCUUGAAUAAGCUCGAAGAGGAAAGAAUUCCUUGGCAGAGAAGAGAGCAACUCAAACAUUAUGCAGCUACUGAUGAAUUAAGGGGAGAAUUAAUUAGGGAGAGGAAAAGUCGGAAGAGAAUGGAAAUUCUCAACACCAAGUUGGUCAAUCAGUUAGCCCAUGUCAAAUUAUCUGCAGAGCAAUUAAUGCAGGGUUACGAGGAAAAGAAGAAAAGUAGAGAGCUAGUGGAAGAUGUUUGUGAUAAACUAGUUAAAGAAAUUGAAGAAGACAAGACCGAAGUUGAGAGACUAAAGAGGGAAUACAUAGAAGUUCGUGAAGAUUUAGAAGAGGAGAGGAAGAUGUUGCAGUUAGCAGAGGUUUGGCGUGAAGAACGGGUCCAGAUGAAGUUGCUUGAUGCAAAACUGAUUCUUGAAGACAAGUAUUCUAAGAUGAACAUGCUGAUAACAGAAAUAGAAAAUUUACUAGGAUCAGCAAGUUGUUCUCUAGAUGUGGAGGAGCUAAGAAAAGCUGAAGAGAUCCUGCAGGCCGCAGCAGAGUCAUUGACCAUUCAAGAUAUCUUUGAGGAAUUUUCGUAUGCUCCACCGAAAUCGAAUGACAUUUUCUCUAUUCUGAAAGAAAUGCAAGAAUUUGAAGGUUGUGAGAGGGAGAUCGAACCCUGCAAUAGACACAGUCGCGUGAGCCACGAUUCUGAAAUGGAAAGUCCUGUGAUAAAUGGACUCAGUAGGAACCAUCUUCUGCCAUAUUCGAAUUGCCUCAGCGACUACAACAGUGCUUUAGAAGAAGAUGCCGAGGUCUGUGAUGCUGUGAGUCACGGAGAGUAUCAGUGUUCUAGGCAUUCACUAGAAGGGUUUAAUUCCUCCCUUAAGAAGGUCAAUCCAAAGAAAAAUGAUUUGAGGAGCAUAAAUGUAUCUAAUGAAGAUGCAGAUCAAUGUUCUCCUAUUAACGCAGUCAGUGAUAUUUCUGUAUCAACAGACAAACUGAAGGUUUGGAGAUCAAAACCAUCCGAUGGUACUUCUAAGAUAGUUUCCAAUGAGGGUGACAAAAGGCUUUCAAAUGGGACAAUUUCUUGUGUGGAAUUAACUUCACCAGAUAGGCAGUUGGGUGAGGGUGAGCCCAGGCGCCGCGGGAAGUGGAUCUCAGCAGGCUUGGCGAAUCCGCACAUAACUCGGGGGAUGAAAGGAUGCAUUGAAUGGCCUCGGGUGAUUCAAAGGAAUGAACUGAAGGCCAAGGUUUCAGAAGCAAUGAUUGAAAGCCAGAAAUCUCAGUUACGCCACAUUCUUAAACCAAAGACUUAAGUGAGCCAUGUACAGAUUUUAUUCAAGUGUAUCAUAAUGUAAGAAUCUAGCUCUUCACCUCUCACGAAUAGUUUAAAGUUCUAUUAUUAGCUACUUUUUACAUUUUAAAAGUUUGAGGGAAGAACGUUAGAACUAUAAACAGAGACAUUUCACUUAAAACUCAAAAUGGUUUAUGGCUUCAUACAAAUAUCCGAGGCAAUUUCAGAUCUUUUAAUUAUUCUUUAAUAAAU